AUGCUAUGGCCUUCUACUCCAUGCAGCUGGGGGAAUACUGGCAUAGUCACUCCGCCAGAUCACGGAAUUCCUGAGCUGUCCAUGACAUCACCGGAAGAUGCGACCCCGGUCAAGCCCCCGCCGUCCUUCUCGCCAGGAGCGCCCAGCGCGGUGCCCAAGGCCAAAGUGACGGACAAGCGUCAGUCGUCGCUCAAUCUGGAACUGGGAGAGUCCAAAGUGAUUUCCUCGCCCACCGCGCCCUUCUCUCCUGCGUCUUCCGAUACCCCGUCCCGCUCCGCGUCGCCAAUUGGCAGAAUAUCGAGUUCGCUCAACAGAUCAUCGGUCGGGUCGCCUUUGGGGGUGCUCCCUGAUGGCUCAGAUGACAUACGUUCGCUCAUAAUCCGUGCCUUCUCUCCGGCGAUUGCGGUUUAUGCGUCCGAUGAUACAGAGGCAUUGGUGAGACAAAAGGGCUUCAAAGGUGGCUUGCGCGAGCUGCUGAGGCCAUUUGGGGAGAAAGUCCCGGGCAAAGUGGUCAUACGCGACAGCGUUGGCUCCAGCCGUGGCUGGGAAGACUACGGGGUGAGAUUUGUUGAACUGGCAGCACACGACCGCCAUCCGGGUCCCGCGAACACCACACAGGAGUCGCCUUUAGCGCAGAUCGAAGAGGUGUUGAAGAGAAAACUGGAGUCUGCAGACGAGUCUACGAAUCGAUGGUCUCGUCUCAGUCUUCCUCCCAUCGGACAUGGGCCCUCUGCGUCCCCUCUCUACCAAUUGCUGUUACGUCGUCUCUUGUCAGCUGGCUAUCCAACCCCGCACGAAACAUUUGCGCACCCCGUGGCAUGCGUCAUUGCGAUCAGUUCGCACAAUAAAUCCCCUCUGGAAUCGCUAAGGCAGUUGUAUUCUCAGACCAGCAAGCGGCCGCCGGCGUGGGUUCAUCCAGAGUUCCUCCGAUACUAUGUCCUUGUUCACGAUGAAGAUCACGACGACAUUACCGAGUCUACACGGCUAUAUGACCAGAUGAAACGACAUUUUGGACUUCAUUGUCACCUGCUGAGGCUCCGGAGCACCCAGUGCGUAGUAACGGAUGAUGAUAGUACCGAGGUCCCCCCGUGCGAAUGGCUCUCGCCGGCGGAGGACCUCUUAAAAAUGAACGAGACAAAUCCGUUAAUAGAUUUGGGCACCGAGGUCCCAUAUCUCUUUGAGAGUGACGUCACGGCCAUUAAAACAUUCGUGCGAGAGUUGGUUGUGCAGUCUGUGAUUCCCUUUAUGGAGAACAAGGUUGCACUCUGGAACGAUCAGGUUGCUUCCAAGAGACGUGGUAUCAGCGGUCGAUUCAUGUCCAUGUCACGAAGGUGGGCUGGAUUUGGGUCAAGCUCGAGGUCAGGAGCCUCAGGGUCCGGGUAUGGCGGAGUGAGUGGCAAUUACGAUUCUUCCUUGGGCUUCUACAGACCUGAAGUGCCCGAAGCGAUCCUGCGGAAGCUGGCCGAUUUCUCGUUCAUGCUCCGCGAUUGGAAACUUUCCGCAUCCACCUACGACCUCAUACGGUCAGACUAUGGGAAUGACAAAGCAUGGAAGUACCAUGCAGGGGCCCAUGAAAUGUGCGCAGUCAGUAUGCUGCUGAAUCCUUUGGCAUCAACAGCCAAGAAUAAGCUGGAAAGCAUUGAUCAGAUGCUCGAGACGUCUUGCUACUCAUAUCUCACCCGAUGCUCGGAUUCUCUGAACGCUUUACGCGUUCUGACGUUGGGGGUUGAGCUUCUCAAGUCUCGGGGAGGCUCCGCCACGGAAAUGGCUUCGAAAUGGACUAUGCGCAUCAUGGAUCUGGGCCUUGUUGGCCCCAUUGGCAAGGUUCUUUACACUGAGCGCAUCUCCGCUUGCUACGCAUCCAAGACUGGAACAGGCGGUGCCAAAUGGGGAUCCCGUCGCCGAAAAGCCGCAAUGUGGAGCGUUCUCGCUGCUGAUUCCUGGUUGCAACUGGGGAAACCAUCAUUGGCAUCUGCUUGUCUGGAAGAAGCAGAUCGCCUCUAUGCGGAAGUCCUGGAGAGGGAAGGCGUGUUUCCAAUGCGUGAAAUGCAGAAUUUCAUCGAUGGUCUGAAACACGCUGUGAAAGUGGAAUAUCUCGAGUCGAAGGGAGUCGAUACCAGCGAUGAGACUGCUGUCGCAGGACAACUCGGGACGGAGGAGACAAGUGAGAAGCUGGAUCACCGUGCCAAUCGCAAGUCGUUGAUCGGGGCAGCCCCUCUCGAGGCUGGACCUCCUAGUCCUGUCCAACUCAAAGAAAAAUCACCGGAUGAUGAUUUUGAGUGA